AUGUCAGCACUACGGAUCCUCGUACCCGUCAAACGGGUCAUCGACUAUGCUGUCAAGCCUCGAGUUAACAAGGCCCAAACGGCCGUCGAAACUGCCGGUGUCAAGCACUCAAUGAACCCGUUCGAUGAGCUGUCUGUCGAGGAGUCAGUGCGUAUCCGAGAGAAGAAACGUUCGCCCGGUGGUGUCGAGGAUAUAUGCGUUAUCUCUGCUGGUCCUCCCAAGGCGCAAGACGUGCUGCGAACAGCCAUGGCCAUGGGUGCAGACCGAGGAAUCCACGUCGAGCUCAAGGAUGGAGAUGAGCUAGAGCCUCUCACAGUAGCAAAGAUCCUCCAGAAGGCCGUGGAACAGCAGAAGAGCAACCUAGUGAUUUUGGGCAAGCAGAGCAUCGACGACGACGCGGCACAGACCGGCCAAAUGCUUGCAGGUCUCCUUGGGUGGCCUCAAGCUACACAGGCGAGCAAGAUCGAGUUCGGUGCUGGCGAUAAGGUCACCGUGACAAAGGAGGUUGACGGUGGUGUUGAGACAGUGAGCGCCAAGUUGCCCAUGGUCAUCACGACAGACCUGCGACUCAACGAGCCCCGCUAUGCCAGCUUGCCUAAUAUCAUGAAGGCCAAGAAAAAGAAGUUGGAGAAGACAAAGCUUGAGGAUUUUGGAGUGGAUGGUGUGAAGCGCCUUAAGACACUCAAGGUCAUUGAACCCCCAGCUCGCCAGGGAGGUGGUAAGGUUGAGGAUGUUGGUGGCUUGGUUAGCAAGCUGAAGGAGCUUGGUGCAUUGUAA